ACCAAUUUCCUAACUCGUUUUCUUCCCCCCCGAAAGCUCCUCUACCAGCACGGCUCACAAUACUCUACCGUCACCAUGUCCAUCGCCACCCUCUCCCUCGCUGCCACCACCAUCUUCCUCCCCCUCCUCCUCCUCCUCCUCUUUCUCAUCCGCGGUCGCCACCGCCUCCAUGCCGCACUGAACCUCCCGCUCCCGCCGGGCCCCCGUGGCUGGCCCCUCCUCGGCGUUCUCCCCCUCCUCCGCCCCCUCCCCCACGCCGCCCUCGCCUCCCUCGCCAAGCGCUACGGCUCCAUCAUGUACCUCAAGCUCGGCACCAGCGGCUUCGCCGUCGCCUCCUCCCCCGCCGCCGCCCGCGCCUUCCUCCACACCCACGACCUCCUUUUCGCCGACCGCCCCCUCAACGCCGCCGCCCGCCACAUCUCCUACGGCGGCCAGGACCUCGUCUCCGCCGACUACGGCCCGCUAUGGAAGCUCCUCCGCCGUCUCUCCAUCACCCACCUCCUCGGCCCGCGCCCCCUGGUCCAGUGGGCCCCGGCCCGUCUUUCCGAGUCGGCCCUCAUGGUCCGGUCCGUCCUCGACCUGAGCCGUCUCGGCGAGCCGGUCCGGGUCCAGGAAGCGGCGAUGGUCGCUCUGGCUAAUAUGCUGGGGCUCGCGAUGCUGAGCCGGCGGGUGUUCGACUCGUACGGGGCCGAGUCGAGCGAGUUCAAGAGGGUGGUCUCGGAGUGGAUGAAGCUGUCGGGGAUGGCCAACCUAGGGGACUUCAUACCGUCCAUUAAGUGGCUGGACGUGCAGGGGAUCGACCGUCGGUUGAAGAGUCUGCACGCAAGGUUCGACGCGCUGAUGACUCGGAUGCUGAGGGAGCACGCCGACACGGCAGGCGAGCGGGAGGGAAGGCCGGACUUCGUGGAUUAUCUCCUGGCCAGUAGCAAGAGCUCGGAAAGUGAGGUGGUGGUGUCUGAUACGAACAUCAAGGGACUCGUUUUGGAUAUGUUCAUUGCUGGAACAGACACGUCCUCGGUUUCGAUCGAAUGGGCAUUUGCUGAAUUGUUGAAGAACCGUUCCAUCCUCAAGCGUGCACAACUCGAAUUAGACAAUGUAAUCGGUAGAGACCGCAAGCUUGAAGAAUCCGACAUACCGAAGCUUCCAUACCUUCAAGCAAUAUGCAAAGAAGCACUUCGAAUGCACCCUUCUACACCUCUGAGCCUCCCACACUUAUCCAACCAAGCAUGCAAAGUUGAUGGUUUCUACAUCCCUGAAGGAACCAGGCUCUUGGUCAAUAUUUGGGCCAUUGGGAGGGACCCUGACAUAUGGGAGAACCCCCUUGAGUUCAAUCCUGAUAGGUUCUUAAGUGGUAAGGGUGCCAAUAUAGACCUACAAGGCACUGACUUUGAGCUAAUGCCAUUUGGAGGUGGAAGAAGGAUUUGUGUUGGUAAAAGUGUGGGGAUCCUCUUUGUGCAGUACCUCUUAGGCACAUUGUUGCACUCUUUUGAUUGGAUGAUACCUGAUGGAGAGGAGCUUGACAUGGAAGAGGCACCGGGCCUUGUGCUUCAGAAGAAUGUGCCUCUUAUUGCUUUGGCGAGCCCUCGUCUAGCACCUACUGCAUACGUUUGACAAAGGUAUUUGAUCUUUACUCUUAUAAUGGUCUUCCCGGUGUCGAGUAUGGCUUGGUAUUAUCAAUAUGAAAUGCGUACGUGCAGCCUUAUAUGUCAAGCUGCAUGGAUAUGUUGUGAUAUGUUUGACUGCUACAAUAUGAUGUAUGGUCUCUUGUAUAAGUAUGGAGCUAUCUCAUAAUCUAUUUCCUUCUGAAUCA